GACGCCGGCGGGCGCCCCGUCUAAAAUCCCGCCCUCCUCAACCCCGCUCCUCCUUUCUUCCCGGCCUUCAAGCGGGCGGAGUCUACCGAGCACCCCCCUCCUUUGUUUCCGCCGAAAGGCGCCGCCACCCCCGCCAUGGAGGCGCCGAGACCCCGGCCCGGCCAGGUGACCUUUGAGGACGUGGCCAUCUAUUUCUCCCGGGAAGAAUGGGACGAGUUAAGCGAAUGGCAACGGGAGCUCUACCAAGCGGUGAUGAUGGAGAAUUACGAGGCGGUUCUGUCCUUGGGACCCCUGCCCGUCAAGCCGCGGAUUAUCAAUCAAAUUGAACAGAAGGAGCCCGUUGUCACUGGAGAAUUGUGGAAGGCGUGCAGAUGGACAGAGGCUCAAAGCCAAUGGCAGGGUGUUCUCUUUCCUGCAGCAGAAGUUGGCAUCCGGAUGGUGGACGACGGUGAGGGCAGAGGGGAGACGGGGCCCUCUGCAAUGCCCCCUGGGAAGAAAAAGAAAGGACGGCCCCGGACCACCAACCCAGUCCCCAAGCCUGAAAGCAAAGCUCCCCCUCGGGUGACGCUGAAGAUGAACCCACCAAAGUGUCCCGAGUGUGGUAAAAGCUUCCUCAGUAACGUGGCCAUGACCAUUCACAUCCGGACGCACACUGGGGAACGUCCGUUCAAAUGCCACCUCUGCCCCAAGGCCUUCCCUUCCCGGGGGGACCUCAAGAGACACAUCAAGACCCACCUGCGGAAGAAGCCACCCCCACCGGUGAUGCCCCGCAGCGGCUCCUCAAAAAAGAGCUUGGCGGCUAAGAUGCAGCUGCAGUGUCACCUACGCUGCCCUCCAGAUCCAAAGAAGCCUCACAGCUGCACACAGUGCGGGAAGAGCUUCAACAAGAAGCAGAGCCUGCGCAAGCACCAGGGGACACACUCCACGGAGCGGCCCUUCGCCUGCCUGGAGUGUGGGCGCAGCUUCCGGCUCAAGCAGAUCCUGGUGGCGCACAUGGCCUCGCACAUCAAAGAGCGGCCCUUCGCCUGUGAGCAGUGCGGGAAGUGCUUUGCCCAGGAGCGCAAUGUGCGCAGCCACCAGCGGGUGCACACUGGGGAGAAGCCCUUCCUCUGCAUGGCAUGCGGGAAGCGAUUCGGCUACAAGCAGCACCUGGUCAAGCACCUGCGCUUCCACACCGGCGAGCGGCCCUACAGCUGCCCCGAGUGUGGGAAGACCUUCCGAGACAAGACCACACUGAACAUCCACUACCGCAUGCACACCGGCGAGCGGCCGUACCGUUGCCCGUUCUGCAGCAAGACCUGCCGGCAAAAGCAACAUCUCAACAGCCACCUGAAGGUCCACCGUGGGGAGAAGCUGCCCCCAGGGGACACCACCGGGCUCACGCUGCAGAGGGCCCGUGCCAAGGAGAAGCCAUACGAGUGUCCGCAGUGUCAGAAGCGCUUCCGGGACAAGAAGAUCAUGCUGGUGCACAAGAAGACCCACAGGGAGGAACCAUUGCCACGGAGUGCCCCACUGCAGAAAAAGUGGGGCCCAGUUGUGGCAGAUAGAAAGGCCCCCAGGGCAGGCCAAGGGGCAGGGAGGAAGAAGAAGGAUGCGGGGCUCACCUCGGGAAUGGCGUCCAUCCCACCGAAGAUGGUUCCCAUUAGUUGCACCGACUGCGGGAGGCGGUUCACGCAGAAGAAGUACCUGACACUGCACCAGAGGAGCCACAGGUGAGCUGCUUCCCGUAGGAAUGUCAUCUUCCAUGAGGACCCUCGGAUGAUGGGACCUGCUGGAAAAAAAAGAAACUUUUGCACGGCAGCCAUUGCGGAGAACCUGCCAGUUUGGGACGUGUUCUGCGCAGAACUGUGUAGACUCGGCACUGCAAGUAAAGUCUCUUUAUUGCUGAUGGUGGAACUGUUUCACCUGUGGCACUGCUUGGAAAAGAAGCACCCCUCCCCCACUCCUCCAGGAGUGAAAUCCUCCAGCUUUUAUUCCUGUCCUGCUAGAUAAAGGGACAGCCGGCUGUUCUUCUCCCAGUCUUGAGAGCAGGCAGUAGGUUUCAGCCCUGUGUAUCUGUGUGUGUGUCUGUCUCCUCUGAGCAACCAGGACCAUCAAGAUGAGCCUGGAUUGGGUGACUGGGUCAAGCCUUCAGAAGGGCGUAACGCUCAGCUCAAAGCCCCCUCCCC